AAUCCACUGGCCCUUUGAGAUAUUUCACGAAUUGGCAGAUCAGCCUUGACGGAGAUAAAACCGAUCUUUCAUUCCUGCAUUCCUGCUCGAAACGUUCGGUAACAUCAGUUCCAGAAUUCCGGAUGGUUGGGACAUAUGAUCUUCAUCGAAUAUAUAAACGUUCAUAUAUAACCCGGUAUUAAUACCAUCAUACGACAAGAUGAUUCAGCUCAUUACCUGAAUUUAUUGGUCAGAUGACAUAUGAAGACAACACCACUGGCGACGGGCCGAUUGGCUUUCCGUCUUGCUAUAAAGGUAGAUUGGGUAACUGUUGCGCAGUCUAGAUCCAGGUCUAAAUAACGUCACUUCAACCUGCUAUGUUGCCUGGCACGUUGUUCGCGUUGGCAUUUGCCGCAUCGACGUCCCAAGCGACGCCCUUAACUAAGCCGGAAGACGUAGUCAAGGCCAUUACCGGGACCUGGCUCUACCUUAAUGUCACCUCGUAUUACGAUAAUGGCACGAUCUCUCGCCACGAGGAGGCCUCGUUAGGGCGAUAUCCCGUCGGAUUGCUGAAUUACAACGCUCAAGGGUUUAUGUCCGCGAAUUUCAUGUCCGCAAGACCGGAGGACCGCCCGCCGGGAGUAGAUACCGAGAAGAUCGAGAUAGGUACGGAUGCCGAGUGGUCGCUCAUCGGAAAACAUACCCUGUCGUACUCGGGACCGUGGUACGUGAGCGAGACGACGAAGGAUGUAGAAGUGGGACAGAUCACGCACGGGCCGACGAGGGUGGCGUGGCUGCCGUCGUGGGUUGGGAAAGAGCUCGUCAAAAACUAUACACUGCUAGAAGACGGUACGAUAAUGCGGCUUAGGUCGAAGAAUGACGAGGGUAUAAAUGGGGAUAUGUUCUUCACGCGACUGGCGGGAGGCGAUUGAAUGAAGUUGCACGGUCGGAGUGUGCCGUAUCCUACGAGAGGAGAGCUUGGACUUGUUAUUUUCUCCAGCUAUCCGCGCCUCUAGUUUAUUUAGACUUCUUCAUAUAAUGCCCCUGGUGAGAUUUUCCCGACCCGCCUCAUUGUUAUUAUUGUUAUUUUUUUCGCG